AUGAAACUCCUCACCCUCAACUUCCUCACCUGCGCCCGCAAAGCCUGCAAACAAGAAACCGCAGCUUUCCCUUUGCACCCCCGCGACGCAGAACUCGAACGCGUAGACCAAGACCUGAAUCCAGAAUUCUUGGUCAAUGUGUUGCCGAGAUUAGAUUGGAAGGCCAUCAGGAGUUUAGCUGAAGAGCUCGGUCUCCCCACCCUCCCUGAAACCGCACCAGAAGCUUCGGAUUUGCUAGACGAGCAGACAAAGGAACCCACACAAACGCUGCAGGAUCUACAUGCUUUGCUGGUGGAAACGAGUGUUGCAAACGGUAAAUUGGUUUGCGGGCAUUGUGGACACGAGUAUGCGGUCAAGGAAGGCAUUGCAAAUUUCUUGCUGCCGAGUCAUUUGGUGUGA